AUGUACAAUCCCUACCAAAAUCCAGGCGUCUAUGGCCGGCCAGACUAUGGCGCGUAUCCUGGCGCGCCGCCGGGGAUGGCACCUCCUCCAGGGAUGUCCGCUCCAGGAACCAGUCCAGCACCGGGCAUGCAACAGACCAACAGCCAGCAGCCCGGACGCCCGGGUGGAUUUCCAGCCAGCUUUCAGCCGCCGCCGAACAUGCCGAAUAUCAACUUUUCUGCGCCGGUGAUUCGCCUGGGCACGUCGGGCCCUGCUAAGCCCGCCGCUGGCCCCGAGAUGGGCCGCGAGCGCGGUGCUGGCCCCGAGGGUCCCAGCCGCCGCGCCGGCUUGGGCGCUGGUGGAGGGGAUUCCCAGCGCGGGUAUGCGAGGGAGUCCAUGAUGCCGUUGCAGCCUCCCACAAAGGACGAGAUCGUGCGCACCCUCUUUGUUGGUGGGAUUACCGAGUGUGCUGGUGGUGACGAGGGUAUAGAGCGCAUUCUACGGUCUGCGGGAACUCUGCGACGGUGGAUUCGGGCUACGGAUGCGGAUGAGAAGCCCUGUCGGUUUGGGUUUGCCGAGUUUGAGGAUCCGGAAAGCCUUGAAGUUGCGGUGGAGGUGCUGAAGGAGGUGGAAGUGCCGGUGAAGCGACAAGUGCCGAGUGCAGAUGAUGAGAAAGAAGAAAAGGAAGUCGAGAAAAGCACUCUACUGGUGGUUGUGGAUGAAAGCACAAUGAACUACCUUGAACAAUUCGAAGCCAGUCGAGGCGAAGCCGACCCGCAAGAACGCCAGGCACGCUUCGAUGCCGCUCGCGAUAAUUUGAAGGCCGUCCUAUCCGACCUGUGCCACCCGUCUGCCCCCACCCAGAAGGAGGAUAUAUCCGCGCUCGAUCGUGAAGGCGAUACCGAGAUGAAGGAUGUGGUGAACAAGGACGGCGAAGUGGUGACCAUUCCAAUCACGGUGGAGGAUGAACUGGCCGACGUUCCACCGGAGAUGCGGGAGAAUGUGGCCAAAGAGAUCGCAGCUUUCCGUGAACGCAGCAACCGCCGUGACAUUGAGCGGCUCAGACGCGAGGAAGAGAUCGAGUCGAUGGAGCGCGCGCGCGGUUCCGGUUCGCGCAUCAGCCGACUUGCCUCUCCGCCGGCAUCCGCUCCCAGUGGCCCUGCUGGGGGUGCCAAUGGCAUUCCCCUGGGCCCGCGUGGUGCACCAGCGGGUCCCAAGGGGUUUGGCGUGCAGAUCCCCAAGGAUUAUCAAAAUGGGGUGUCCUUUGUGAAUGGUGGGUCGAUCAAUGGUCCAUCCAUCUCCAUUGAUCGCGAUGGCGAAGACUCCGAUGCCAGCGACGAGGAACUGGAACGGCGCCGCCAGGAGAAGCGUCAGGCAGAACAGGAAAAGCAGUUCCUCGACCAGGAACGCCGCUGGCUCAACCGCGAGCGCAGUCGGACUGCUGCUCUAGAGCGGGAGAAGAAGAGAGACAAGGAGGACGAUGGACGGAUGCAAGCGGCGCAUGACGAAAUGGAAGACCGUAUGCGCGAGUGGAACGACGAUGUCGAGGCCAGCCGCAAAUCUGCCGAAUAUUACGCGGACCGCGGUGCCUGGCUGCGUAACCGUGCCGCCUUCCGUGCCCGCGAGGCCCAGCUGGACGAAGCCGAUCGCGCCGCCGAAGAACGGGACCGCGCGCGCUCGGACCAGAAGCGCGAACAGGCUCGCGGGAUGGCCGAUGAUUUCCUCGCCCGCCAAGCCGAGGUGCUGGAAGCCCGUACGACCCAAGAGGCACCCCGCGAACCGCAGCGCUUCAAGCUGUCCCUCGGUGCCGCCGCGCAAAGGGCCCAGGCCGCGACCAGCCGCCGCACCGUUGCCGAAGUGGAGGGACUCCUGGAGGACGAGGAGGAGCCCGAAGGCACAGUGCGCCGGCCUCUUGUCCCAAUCAAGUUCGACACGGCCGCCGAGGCUGCCGGUCUAUCGGACGAGGAGCGAGCCCAGGCCGCGCGCCAGCUGGCUGCCGAGAUCCCUACGGACAAGGAAGGUCUUUGGAAGUGGGCGGUCAAGUGGGAGUUUGUUGACGAAGCCGUGAUCAAGGACCAGCUUAAGCCGUUCGUGGAGAAGAAAAUCGUGGAGUAUCUGGGUGUGCAGGAGCAGAUGCUGGUCGAUGUGGUUGAGGAGCAUGUGCGCCAGCAUGGAUCACCUCAGGAACUGGUAGAUCAGCUGGCUGAGGCGCUGGACGAGGAGGCCGAGGUGCUGGUGCGCAAGCUGUGGCGGAUGCUCAUUUUCUUCUCGGAGAGCGAGAAGCGCGGGCUGUCCGCGUAG